CAACACAACUCAGGGAAACCCAUCAGAACUCAGGAAAACCCAAUAAAACUCAGCAGAAACCAGGAUAACCCAGCAGAACUGCGGUUCGGAUGAUGGCGGUGUUUAAGCAGGAGAAGGUUGAAGAUUAUUAUGAAGUUGGAGAAGAGCUCGGAAGCGGUCAGUUCGCUAUAGUGAAGCAGUGUCGGGAGAGGAGCUCCGGACUGGAAUUCGCCGCUAAGUUUAUAAAGAAGCGUCAGAGCAGCGCGAGCCGCCGCGGCGUCCUGAGAGACGAGAUCCAGCGCGAGGUCAGCAUCCUGCAGCAGAUCCAACACCCCAACAUCGUUACCCUGCACGACGUCUACGAGAACAAAACCGACGUAGUGCUGAUCCUAGAACUAGUGUCUGGUGGAGAGCUGUUUGACUUCCUGGCGCAGAAGGAGUCUCUGAGUGAAGAGGAGGCGACUCAGUUCAUUAAGCAGAUUCUGGAGGGGGUUCAUUAUCUGCACACCAGGAACAUCGCUCACUUCGACCUGAAGCCGGAGAACAUCAUGCUGCUGGAUAAAAAUGUUCCUCUGCCUCGGAUUAAACUCAUUGAUUUUGGCUUGGCUCACAAAAUCGCUGAAGGGGCGGAGUUUAAGAACAUCUUUGGAACUCCGGAGUUUGUUGCUCCUGAGAUUGUGAAUUACGAGCCGCUGGGUCUGGAGGCAGAUAUGUGGAGUGUAGGAGUGAUCACGUAUAUCCUGCUGAGUGGAGCGUCUCCGUUCUUAGGAGAGACAAAGCAGGACACUUUAGGAAAUAUCUCAGCGAUGAACUACGAGUUUGAUGACGAGUUUUUUGGACACACCAGUGAACUCGCCAAGAGCUUUAUCAGACAACUGCUGCAGAAAGACACCAAGAAGAGGCUCACGAUUCAGGACGCUCUGAAUCAUCCGUGGAUUAAAUCCAACGAGCACAAGGAGGAGCCCAGUAAAGUCCCGAAGAGGAAACACGAGCGUCGCCAGCUGAAGACCAAACGCCUCAAAGAGUACACCAUCAAAUCUCACUCCAGCAUGCCUCCCAACAACACCUACGUGAACUUCGAGCGCUUCGCCCAGGUGGUGGAGGACAUCGCGGGUAUGGAGGGCACCUUCAGCCGGCUGGCGACGGCCCACGACGGCCUGCAGGAGGACAUCGACGCCCUGGUGUCCGUCUACAACGAGAAGGAGCUGUGGUACAAAGAGGAGAGCGAGAGCAUCCGGCACGAGCUGUCGCAGCUCCGCUACGAGUUCCGGAAGGUGGAGGCGCAGCGGCGCGGCGUGCAGGAGGACCUGCAGGGGGUGGAGGCCGGACUGGGCCGGGUCAGCGAGCGCUACCGCGAGAGGCACGCCCACUUUGAGGCGCUGCAGAAGGAGCUGGGGGCGGAGCUUCAGUGGGUACAGGAAGUGGUGGGGUCCUUCCAGGUCGCCGGGGGAAACGGUGGUUUCCCCAACUGCAACUUCAGCAGCGUCUUCAAUGCGGACGUGAACGAAGCUCUGAAGGAGCUCCUGAACCGGACCUGCGGCGGAGAGCUGCUGACGGGACUUAACCUGGACCAGCAGAGAUGAUCAACCAAUCAGAACUGUCCUGAGAACCAACAAAAUAACAUUUCUGACCAUUAAAAUAAUGCAGGCCAGUAAAAAAAA